AUGGGAUUCAUGCUGCUGUUUAAUUUGCAGAACCUGAUCUUUAUAAGUGAAGCAGAAACUGGUUUAGUGAAGUUUGAGGUGCUGUGUGACAAGGACCCUUAUCCAAAAAAGGUUGUGGGAGAGGGAAAUCUCGAGAGACGAAUGCUAGAAAUGAACAGGAAGAGGUUAAAGGUUGUGAAACCAGGUUCAAAGACGACUUUCCCAACUACUGAAGUUCGUGGAAGCUAUGCUCCUCCUUUCCAUGUAGAGACAUCUCGUAGUGACCAGAGAAGGCUAAGGGUUGUUGUGGAUAGUGAGAACGAAGUAGACAUAGUGGUGCAUUCACGCCAUCUCCGCGAUGUUGUAGUGCUCGUCACCCACGGCUUUGCUCAGCGGUUCAACAGCACGUCACUCAAUUCACUACUGAAGAUUGAUACAUGA